AUGGCUCCGGCGGCUGGUACGCUGAUGCUGAUAUGGUUGAAGAAGAAGAAGAAGAAGAAGAAGAAGAAGAGGAAGAAGAAGAAGAAGAGGAAGAAGAAGAAGAAGAAGAAGAAGAAGAAGAAGAAGAAGAAGGCGGCUUCUUCCGGGCCUCCUGGCGAGUCCUCCACGGAGCAGCCGCUGUACCUGGUGGUGGAGCACGGAGUCGAGGAUCCCACGCACUCCGUCCUCGAGGUCGCCGCCGGCGCCGCCCCCCACCCCCUGCUCUACGGCAAGCGCGGCAUGUCCUUCGCCGCAGUUGGGUCGCGGGACGGCCCCCGGAUCGUGGGUCUUGGCUUUGAUAGAACCUCCAUCUACGACCCCAAAACUUUCACGGAGGUUCUCGGGCCCCGUCUCCUCCGCCCUAUGAUGGACCCCGUCCUUAUCCCGCACGGCAGCGAGUUGUACGCGCUCUCUCGCUGCCCCGCCGUCGUUGGGGAGGCGGAGUUCAUGCCCUGGUUCUUCGUCUUUGACCUGAAUCUGCCUUACGUCGGUGGUGCCACCGGAUGGCGUGAGAUGCCGCCGCCGCCCGUCUUUCCGUGCCGCCUCAAUCCGCUGGAGUACCGCAACCCGCCAGAGAUUCGUGUUGCUUCUUAUGCCAUGGUCGGCUCCCACAUUGUGCUCUCUGUGCAGCAAGACAAGGGUACCUGUGCUUUCGAUGUGGACACCAAGAAGUGGGAGAUGGUGGACAGCAAGAACCUGCCUUUCAUUGGCCACGCUGUGCCCCUCGGUGACCACCGCUUUGUUGCAUGCUCCAAAGCAAGGGACGGUGCCGCUGCUGUGUUCUCCAUGGAGGUCGCAGGGAAGACGGAGCUGUCCAUUACUGAGUUGCUGGUGGAAUCGAAGGGCAUUGUUCCGGGACAUUUUUGGUGUGCCAUGGGGAUGGGCAGAUUCUCUUCUUUUGACGUUCGGUCUGUUGAUCCUGGUCCAGAGGGCAAGCUGGAGAAAGCGCGCAUUGUUCAUCGCACUUACUCUCAGGUGGAGGGAGAUGAUGCUAGGACAAAUUCGGUUGUCAUAGUUAAGCAGCAGAGGCAGAUUUACAAACUACAUGAUCGAUCCUGUCAUUUGGCUUAUCCUUUACCGGUUGUUGCUGCGUUAACCUUGUAAAGCAACAGACCCUUUCAUUCUUCCGACAUCUUUUUGGUGCUUUAGGACUUAGGUUGCUGCUGCUUCUCAAUUGGAAGCUCUAUUUGUUCUGCACCUUUAUAUUGUGUUCCUCAGUUGCAGUGUAACAUGUGAGUAAGUGUUCAUUGUUGUACAGUUAAAAUGGCAACCAUCAUACACUGUCAUAUGUUGCUCAUUUAUGAUUCAAACCAA